AUGCCGGCGCCUCUGGCUGCGAUGCCAACAGGUGGGGACUCAGCACCGUCGUCGGUGCUCAUGACGCCAACUUCCAAAGCAGCCAUUUCUUCCCGGGCAACUGAUCCUGACCAUCUGGAGACCAAUCGUAAUAGUGCGAAACCUCCAGGUGCCGCCCGGAACGUGGCGACCCUAGGAGUCAGGGAUAAGGAUGAUGGAGGUGAUGCCACGUGGCAGGUGGGAGAGGCCGGAGAGAUUGUCGUUGGCGUUAAUGUACGGGGAAUCGCGUUGCUCAGGCGAGAGUUAUGCGUUCCGCAAAGGAUAGAAGAGCAAAACGUUGCCGUCGAAGAAGAAAAUGGAGAAAUCCCCGGGGUCUGGGGAAACUGGGGGCCCUGGUCGGCCUGUUCUCGCAGCUGCAGCGGAGGGGUCAUGGAGCAAACGAGGCCUUGCCUUCCAGGAUAUUAUUAUGAAAGGAACUACCACAGGCCGGGACAAUUCUCUGUCCCCGAAAGGACUCUUGGUCACCAGCAGCAGCUGCACCGCCAAGAAAACCUCCUCAACCCUUACUCCGGGCACGUCAUCUCUGCCAUACGGACAUCAGUGCCUCUUCACAGGAACGAGGAGCAGAGCCGGGCGGGCCUCCGGGCGGGCCUCUCCUCAGGGGCCCGCAACGACAGUCAUUUGAGCCGAGGUGCAUCGAGGGGAGGCCGCCUUUUUCAGUCUCGGCGUCGUAGUCCCAGGCCGGAUAGAAGAGGCAGAAACAAAAACCCCAUCGGACCUGGGAAAUACGGAUAUGGAAAAGUGCCCUACAUCCUGCCGCUGCAGACCGACACAGGGCAGUUGCCGCGCAAGCCACGACGCCAGCGGCAGUUGGCACGGGAGGCGGCCAGCCAACCGAGCGCCGGCACCGGGACCCCCUUUGGACAUCUGGCAAACCCUUCCCACCACCAGGGCAAUCUGCACCAGGAAGAUCGCAGGCCUCAGCCGAGGCCGCCGGGACCGGUCCGGGGCCAGCCUCUGUCUCCGAGGACCUCAGCGAUCGUGUGCACCGGAGCCUACAAGCAGCACAAGCUUUGCAACACAAAUCCGUGUCCUGAAAACAGAAGCAUCAGGGAGGUCCAAUGCGCAUCGUACAACAACAAGCCUUUCAUGGGUCGAUUCUAUGAAUGGGAGCCUUUUGCAGAAGUUAAAGGCAGCCAGAAGUGUGAGCUGAACUGCCGAGCCGUGGGUUACCGUUUCUACGUCAGACAAGCCGAGCAGGUCAUCGACGGGACGCCAUGUGACCAGAACGGAACCUCCAUCUGCGUGUCCGGUCAGUGCAAGAAUAUCGGCUGCGAUGACUAUCUGGGCUCCGAUAAGGUUGUGGAUAAGUGCGGGAUCUGCGGAGGAGACAACACCGCCUGCAAAGUUGUGUCCGGGGUCUUCAAGCACACCUUGACCAACCUCGGCUACCACAAGAUCGUCGAGAUCCCCGAGGGGGCCACGAAGAUCAACAUCACAGAGAUGUUCAAGAGCAACAACUACUUGGCGCUUCGGAGCCGAUCGGGGAGGUCUAUCAUCAACGGGAAUUGGGCGAUCGACCGACCCGGGAGGUACGAGGGAGGAGGGACCAUGUUCACGUACAAGCGCCCCAAUGAAAUCUCGAGCACCGCGGGGGAGUCCUUCUUGGCGGAUGGCCCCACCAACGAAAUUCUGGACGUCUAUAUGAUACACCAGCAGCCCAACCCAGGUAUCCAUUAUGAGUACAUCAUCCCAGGUCCCAAUGUCAUCAGUCCUCAGGUGCCUCUUCACAGGCGGCCAGGAGAGCCGUUCAACGGCCAGCUGGAUGUGACGGAGAGUGUGAAUUAUGAGGAGGAAGAUUUGCAUCGGGAGACAGGCACUCACGUUGGGCAGCCCAGGGGGACAUUCCCGGCCAUCCAGCCAGGCCGCUUUCCUUCUCUUCAGCCGGACAACCAGGUGCCGGUUGGUCAGCCCCCAAGGCGAAACAGAGAGCACAACUGGAAACAGGUCGGGAUGACUGAGUGCUCCACGACAUGUGGGAAAGGGUCGCAGUAUCCCAUCUUCCGCUGUGUGAGCAGAAACACUCAUGAGGAAGCGACCGAAAGCUACUGUGACCUCAGCACCAAGCCUACGCCAGAAGAGGAGGCCUGCAACGUCUUCCCUUGCCCGGCCUUCUGGGACAUCGGGGAGUGGUCGGAGUGCAGCAAGACGUGUGGCCUGGGAAUGCAACACCGCCAAGUCCUGUGCCGGCAGAUCUACGCCAACCGCACCCUGACAGUCCAGCCGCACCGCUGCCACCACCUGGAGAAACCGGAGACAACAAGUACGUGCCAGCUGAAGAUCUGCAGCGAAUGGCAAAUUCGGACAGAAUGGACACCGUGUUCGGUGCCGUGUGGCGUGGGCCAGCGGAUGCGAGACGUGAAGUGUGUGAGCAACCUGGGAGAUGUCGUCGAUGAUGAGGAAUGCAACAUGAAACUACGGCCGAAUGACAUUGAGAACUGCGAUAUGGGACCCUGUGCCAAGAGCUGGUUUCUCACAGACUGGAGUGACCGGUGUUCUGCCGAAUGCGGCGCGGGGGUCCGGACGCGCUCUGUGGUCUGCAUGACCAACCACAUCAGCAGCUUGCCUCUGGAGGGCUGCGGGCACAACCGGCCGCCGGACACGACUCCCUGCGACAACGGGCCAUGUUUGGGGAAGGUGGAGUGGUUCGCCGGGAGCUGGAGCCAGUGUUCAGUCGAAUGCGGCAGCGGAACCCAGCAGAGGGAAGUGAUUUGUAUCCGGAAGACCGAAAGCAGUUUUGAAAUGCUGAAUCCCUACGAGUGUUCAUAUUUGGAAAGGCCUCCCAGCCAACAAAACUGUGACCUCAAGCCUUGCGGCGCAAAAUGGUUUAGUACCGAAUGGAGCACGUGCUCGAAAUCUUGUGAAGGCGGCUUCCGCGUCCGAGAGGUGCGGUGCCUGUCCGAUGACAUGACGCCCAGCUCCAAGUGUGACACGCAACUCAAACCGGAGGAGAAGGAGGUGUGCAAUACCCAGGACUGUGUACCAGAAAUAGCAGCACAGAGCUGGUUCAAAGUCGCCGAGAGGGCAUCUGUGGUGGAACGUGUUAGCAAAUAUUGA